UAUCUGGAGUAGUGAAUCACUGUGAUAUGCAACAAGGAGGGACGGUAUAUUACUGGGGAAGAAAUGGUUAUGAACAUCUGGAUAUACAGUUUGAUCCACUAUGAGAGCUGUCCAGCUGGCAUUGAUGUUUACUGCUACUUUACUGUCUACAGAGUGCUAUGAACCUGCCCGAGUACACACUGACAUUGGUGAUUUACAAGGAGUACUGGAAAUCAUCAGGAAUGAAACCGUCUAUCAGUUCAGGAACAUUCCCUACGCCAAACCCCCGAUAGGUCCUUUAAGAUUUAAAAAACCUGUCGCUCAUGGCGGCUGGUCUGGUGUGCUGGACUGCACCGAAUUCGGACCUUCAUGUUUGCAACAACAUUCCACUUUAGAUAGAUACCUACCAAAUCUAAACCAGUCUGAGGAUUGUUUGUCGCUGGACAUGUACAUCCCGAGAACUCUGUCUUCAAGUGCGAACAGGUCUGUGAUGGUCUUUGUCUUUGGGGGUGGCUUCCUAGUCGGACAGGGCACGCUCUACGAUGGUUCUUUUUUAGCACUGACGGGAGAUGUUAUUGUUGUCACACUGAACUACAGACUUGGUGUGUUUGGUUUUCUUGCUAAUCCUGCUCAAAGCUUACUUGGAAACUAUGGCCUGUGGGACCAGCGUCUAGCAUUAGAAUGGGUACAUGCACACAUUGCCAAUUUCGGCGGAAAUCCUAAUUCUGUUACAUUAUUUGGUCAAUCUGCUGGUAGUUUCAGUGUUUCGUUACAGUCUCUUUAUCCUAAAAAUAAAGGAUUAUUUCAUCGAGUCAUUGCGCACAGCGGCGUAGCUGAAGGGCACUUUGCAAUAUGGCACAAUGCAUAUGCAUAUGCAAAAGAUAUAGGCAUUUAUUUAGGUUGUGCAAAUACAACGUCUUAUGCAGACUGCAUAAGAAACAUACCUGCUGAAAAGUUAUUACAAGCUCAAAACUCGAUCACACAACCAGGGAAUACGGGAAGGAAACUUCAUUUUGACUUAAGUAUGGGACCCGUUGUAGAUGGAGACCUACUUCCGCAGACUCCAUCAGAAUUGCUCCAAAACAAAACCUCUGACAGUUACCAUUUCUUCCGAUCACUUGAUUUUAUUACUGGAAAUGUAGAUACAGAAGGUUCCAUUUUCUUACCAUUAUUAGCAUCAUUAGCAAAAGAGAAUAAUUUCAACUUCUCCAAUGGUGUUCCUUUGGACGUUUAUUGCAACAAAAUUGGCCCAGGUUUACUCGCGGCUUAUUUCGAGAAGGAUGUUAACAGUUCACAAGCAGAUAACCUAUUGUGUUCUUUUUAUGGUACAGCGGAUAAGCUUAAACAGGCACAACACACAUUGGAAGCGUAUGGCGACGCCCUCUACUACGCACCGUCUGUAGAGAUUCUCAGAGACCAUUCGGAGGGAAGUCCUGCAUCUAGUACCUACCAAUACGUGUUUAGACGGCCAAUACCAGACCCCACUUUCACUGCGGGUUAUCCCCCUUGGUGGCAGAACAGAUCAGCGCACGGGGCGGAACUAUAUUACCUGUUUCGAAUUCACGACUAUAAGGCUAACCGCACCAUUAAUGUGCCCAAUCACGACGAUGGUCUACAAACAGCGAUCCUCAAGUACUGGACAAAUUUUGCCAAAACUGGAAACCCAAACUCUAAUGACGUACCACAAUGGGACACCUAUGACGUAAUCAGUCAGAAAUACAGCAGCAUGGGCACCACUAUCACACAGGACCAGCAUCUGUACGGCUCCAGGGUAGAUCUAUGGCUAAAUAGGCUAACUAAACUACUAGAUGGGAGUGUCUCGAGUGUAAUAUUUGGCUAAUUAUUAACUUUUCUAAGAACGGUGAUGAAGAUCCUCGCCAUUGGUUAGUAAGUCAGACCGAUAUGUCACCCUGGUAAAAUACUAGCCGCUUCCUACCGACUCGGGCUAAGGAGAAAUUCUCUUUAGCUCAUUGAAUAGAGCGUAAGACUUAUAAGCCAGAGGUUCCGGGUUCGAGUCCUAGCGGAGGCAUUGAAAAGUAUAACGAUUUCUGUUGCAUUGGUGCCCACAUAAGGACCCGGGAGAAUGCAGCAGAAGCGGAUAGUAUUUCAUCAGGGUAAAUGAUAUAUGCAAAGGUAUUAUUUCUAUUGUUUGAAUUGGUUGUGAUUCUAUUGUUUCGUUGCCCAAUCAUAACACGUUAACCUGGUGUCGUAUAACGAUUAAAUCGAGAUCGUGAUACGGGCAGCAGCUGCAGGUAUCAAAUGUAACAUUGCACUUUCCAAGCAAGUCGGAAAAGCCGAUGCAUUAAGAGAUUGUAGUCGAAAGAGUUUUAAAAAUGUUUAAUACUAACAAUGCAAUGUAAAUAUAAACAUCGAUCGUGUACUGCUUAGACACGAUAGGGAAGCAUCUGUUCUGGCAACAUUUUGUUAAGUUACUUCGUUUUCUUUUUUGUUUAAGUCUGAACAAUCGCACUGAUUAAUAAAAAAUCGAAAUAAAUCAUAUUAAAUGAG